AUGUCAGCUGCUUGCGAUGCGCAUAGGCUCAUUCCGAGGAGCAUAAUUGCUGCUCGAACAGCCAACCCUAUUAGGAGGAUAGUCGACCAGUUGAAGGUGAAACCUAAUCCCAAUCUGGAGACUAUACCGCUCUCAAUCGGGGACCCGACGGUUUAUGGUAACUUCAGAGCUCCGCAGCAUGUUGUCGAUGGUGUCUUACGAGAAAAUCUCAAGUCUUUCGCGUAUAAUGGAUACCCACAUUCGUGUGGAUACGCUGCAGUACGGCAAGCCGUUGCUGAUGAGAACGCCGUGAACCCGAAUCAUCCCCCUCCUAUCAUAGAUGACGUUGUCAUGACGUGUGGGGCGAGUCAAGCCAUUGACAUGGCUAUCGCUGUUCUCGCUAACACGAAUGGAGAGGAUACAAUACUCUUGCCUCAGCCCUCCUUCCCACUAUACAAUACCUUGUGCUCUUCGAGAGGUAUAAACGUCGACUUUUAUAAGUUACGGAGCGAUAGAAAAUUUGAGGUGGAUAUGACCUCCCUGCAACGCAGUUUGGAAAGUAAUAAACUUAAUGCCAAGGGUAUACUCCUGAAUAAUCCUAGUAAUCCUUGUGGCAGUAACUGGACACGUGAACAUAUAGGAGACAUCGUAGCGCUAUGUCAAGAGUUUGGUAACUUACCAAUAAUCGCCGAUGAGAUCUACCAUGAUAUGGUCAUUCGGUUUAUGGUACCUGGCUGGAGAGUUGGUUGGGUCUGUCUUCAUGAUAGAGGUGAGGUCUUGGGAGAUAUUCGCCAAGGGCUGCAUGACCUUUCGACACUAACUUUGGGACCUGCAAGUCUACUCCAGUCUGCGGUGCCCAGUUUAUUGAAAGAGACUCCAGCGUCUUACCAUAGCAACAAUAAAAGAAUGCUCUUCGAAAACUCGCAAAUUGUUAUUGAGACACUCAUGGACGUACCCGGGUUGAAUAUUAUCCAGCCGCAGGCUGCUAUGUAUGUUAUGAUCGGGAUCGACACUGAUAUCAUCGACGUUAAAGACGACAUCAACUUUAGUAGGUAA